GACACUCUCUCUCUCUCAAAAAAGAAAGAAAAGACACAGCCGCCGCCGCCGCAUUAGCCGUCGCUGGCUCCCUCAGCCGCCGCCUACGGGUUCCCCUCGACGCCGGAUCCACUUAGCCUUCCGGGUGCCAUCGCCACCCCGUCCAUACCCGGUACGCCGACGUGCCCGAACUCCCACUCUACCUCCUCCUGUUCUCCCCUUCUCGUCCCUCGUCGAGUGUCGGCGGCGGACCGGUGCGUGUACCUGCGUCUAGUACGGCGGCAGCGGGAGUCCGAGCCAGAUAGAGGGGAAGGGGGAGGUGAAUGGAGAGCAUACCUUGGCGGGACGGAACUUUCCGUUGGAGUCGUUGAGGGAUGGGGAGCCCAAGCUGCCGGCCGAAUUUGUGGAGUCGGACGGGGAUGCUGCUGGACCUUUUUAUUUUGCUCAAAACCCCUAGGCAGCUGGAGUUGCUCUAACUUAUCUUACGAGUGUGCAAUUACUGACUGUGCGUGGUGUCUUCAGCGGAAAUUGUUCUUGUGUUCGAUGAAUUUUGACCGAACAGAGGAAAAAAAAUCCACUCAUGUCAGGGGGAAGGAAAUGUGGCUAUUUGGUCGUGAUCAGCCAUGUCGGCGCUUGUUAGAAGGAACCAAAAAUAUUCCCCAUCUACUCCCUCUUUGCAAUGGACAAUGUGUAGCUUCAGGAUCAGGUGUCUUGUACUCUUGUGGUGUCGAGUGAUGGCAAAUAGCGAGUUUGAGUACGUGAAGAGGGAGUUCGAGUUUGACCGCCGCCUCCCAGCUUCCAACUGGAUUGUUGUCCGCAUCGAUGGCUGCCAUUUCCACCGAUUCUCGAAGAUACAUGCCUUCGAGAAACCAAAUGAUGAGAGUGCUUUAAAACUAACGAACUCUUGUGCCACUUCUAUGCUCGAUAAAUUCCCUGACAUAGUGUUUUCUUAUGGUGUUAGCGAUGAAUACAGUUUUAUUUUCAAAGAGGCAACAGAAUUCUAUCAAAGGCGAGAAAGCAAAAUUCUCUCUUUAUGUGUUUCUUACUUCACAUCUGCGUAUGUAAUGAAGUGGAAAGAUUUCUUUCCUAAUAAAGAGUUGAGGGAGCCUCCAUAUUUUGACGGCCGAGUUGUAUGCUAUCCAAAUAUGAAAACCAUUCUGGAUUAUUUGGCAUGGAGGCAAGUGGACUGUCAUAUAAAUAAUCACUACAAUACAUGUUUCUGGAUGUUGGUGAUGUCUGGAAAAACUGAAAAAGAGGCACAACAAACGUUGAAGGGAACAUUCAAGGACAAGAAUAAGUUGCUUUCUCAGCAGUUCCGAAUCAACUAGUUCCGAAAAGGAUCCAGUGUUUAUCGAGACAAGGUGGAGACAAAGGUGAAAACUAAUGACUAUGGGAAUCCCAUAAAAAGGAUGUGGUUAGCUGUUACAGUAUCAAAUGUCGAUAUCAUAGGACCUGAAUUUUGGGAAAAACAUCAAUACAUUCUUCGACAAGAAAAAUAUAGAUACGAGUAUGUGAAGAAGUUCGACAACAUCAAUAGGCUUCCACGUUGUAAUUGGACUGUUGUUUGUAUUAGCGCCUGCCAGUUUGACCAAUUCUCACUGAUCCAUUCAUUUGACAAGCCAAACGAUGAGACUGCUCUAAGAUUGAUGGACGCUUCUGCUUCUCUGAUGAUGGAGCGAUUCCCCGAUAUUAUCUUUGCCUAUGGUUUUAGCAAUGAAUACAGCUUUGUGUUCCAGGAGAACACUGAAUUAUAUCAGAGACAUGAGAGAUUAAUCAUUUCUUCAUGUUCAUCAUGUUUCACUUCUUUCUACAUGAUGAAGUGGAAAGAAUUUUUCCCCAACAAAGAGUUAGUGCAGCCACCACACUUCGAGGCUGAAGUUCUCUGUUACCCAAAACCAAAGAUCGUUCGUGCUUAUUUGUCAUGGAGGCAAGCAGAAUGUCACAACAGGAACCAAUACAAUACAUGCUUUUGGAUGUUAGUGAAAUCUGGAAUAGGCGAAAACGAAGUUCAUGAGAUACUGAAGGGAACAUUAUCAAAGGACAAGAAUGAGUUACUUUUUCAGCAAUUUCAAAUGAACUAUAACAAUGUACCGGCUAUGUUCCGAAAGGGUUCAUGUACUUAUCGUCAAAAGGUGGGGAAAAUUGCUGAGGUGGAGGAUAGCGGAGAUGUUGCAGAAGCGCCCUGGGACGUAGCAGUGGCCCACGUGGACAUGGGGCCAGAGUUUGGAGAAAGCACCAUUGUAUUUUUAAUUGAAAAUGAUAUCUAGUUCAGUCAUAUAUACUAAAAUACGUCUAGAUACAUGUAAUAAAAAGUCACUUAAUAUGGAAGGAGGAAGUAGUUGUCAUCCCGUGCCAAAUUUCGUCAAAAAUGUCAGUAGAUUUUGGUUAGGAAUUCCAGUUUCUUUCGUUCCCUUCAUCCUUGUGUUUGUGCGCUUAUUCGUGUCGAAUGGUUUUUCCUUACAAUGUAAAGCAAUUGGCAAGGUUU